UGUAACUCUUGAGGAUCUUGUGGCGACGACAGAAGCAGCUGUUGGUGUAGGGGAGAUAACUCUGUGUCACUGCUGUUUACAUAACAAGAGGCACGCGCGGUGUUCAACUUCGAGCUGCAAGACUGGUAAAGAGAUCAGUGACAUAUGAAAAGAUUGAUAGCUUGAAAACUUCAGACCCAGCGACAAUAUUAUGCAUGAUUGGUGAAAAUGUCACAUAAAACAAUCCAUUGGUUCAGGAAAGGUCUGCGUAUCCAUGACAACCCAGCUCUCCUGGCAGCUGUCAAAGACGGAGAGGCGUUAUGGCCAAUAUUCAUUCUUGACCCAUGGUUUGCCAAACAUGCUCGGGUUGGAAUCAACAGAUGGCGGUUUCUACUUCAGUCUUUAAAAGAUCUUGAUGAGAAUCUGAAGAAAGUCAACUCAAGGUUGUUUGUCAUCCAAGGCAAGCCAGCCGAGGUUUUCCCAGGUCUGUUUAAACAAUGGGAGAUAACUCGACUGACGUUUGAGGUGGACACUGAACCGUAUGCCGUGGCCCGUGAUGAAGAGGUGCAACAACUGGCAAACGAGCAUGGAGUGGAGGUUGUCACGGAGGUGUCACACACUCUGUUUGAUGUCAAGAAAACAAUACAGAAGAAUGGUGGGUCACCUCCACUCACAUACCAAAGACUUCAGACACUGAUCUCACAAAUGGGGGCACCUCCAUCACCAGUAAAUACUCUCACCUUAGAGGAGAUGAAAGACUGUCGGACCCCUGAAGCAGACGACACAGAGUACAGAGUUCCGACUCUGGAGGAGCUGGACAAGUGCCAAGAUGACCUGGGUCCGAACCUGUACCCUGGUGGGGAGACAGAGGCACUGGUCCGUAUGGAGAGGUAUCUCAAGAAAACGAACUGGGUCUGCAGCUUUGAAAAGCCCAAGACGGAGCCUAAUAGUCUUCAGCCCAGCACCACAGUUCUCUCCCCUUACCUCAAGUUUGGUUGUCUGUCUGCUCGCACGUUUUACUUCCGGCUACUGGAUGUCUACCGAGUCAACAAGAAGCACACCCAGCCCCCAGUGUCCCUGCACGGACAGUUGCUGUGGCGGGAGUUCUUCUAUACGGUGGCAUCAGGGACAGCAAACUUUGACCAGAUGGAGGGCAACUCUGUCUGUACACAGGUGCCCUGGGAUGACAACAAGGAGCUGCUGGAGGCAUGGACACAGGCUCGGACAGGCUACCCGUUUAUAGAUGCCAUCAUGACCCAGCUGAGACAGGAAGGAUGGAUCCACCAUCUUGCCCGACAUGCAGUUGCUUGUUUCCUGACCCGUGGUGACUUAUGGAUCAGCUGGGAGGAGGGGCAGAAGGUGUUUGAGGAGCUCCUCCUGGAUGCGGACUGGAGUCUGAAUGCAGGGAACUGGAUGUGGCUGUCUGCCAGUGCAUUCUUCCACCAGUAUUUCCGAGUCUACAGUCCCAUCGCCUUCGGCAAGAAGACCGACAAGAAUGGUGACUACAUAAGGAAGUACCUGCCUCAGCUGAAGAAGUUGCCAGCAGAGUACAUCUACGAGCCAUGGAAGUCUCCCUUGUCAGUACAGAAGGCUGCAGGUUGUAUCAUAGGCAAAGAUUACCCAAAGCCCAUAGUAGACCACGACCUUGUCCGAAAGGCCAACAUAAAGAAAAUGGCAUCUGCAUAUGCCAAGAGGAAGGAAAUGGCGGGUACGACAAAGAAAAGUGCUCAAAGUCCUGCAAAGAAACGUAAGUCUUCAGCAGAGGAGGAUGGGAAGAAAAAGAAAUUCAAAUCUGGAAGCAAGAAAAUGACAGAUUUUUUCAACAAAUAAAGUUUAAAAAUUGAUUUGUUAUGGAAAUGAAUACGGCCUCAUUUGCCUCAAGUGAUAACAGUCUUAGAUGCUAACCACUUUGAUGAAACCCAAGAGUAUUGGGUUGGUGCUAACAUACCUGGACCUAGACAUUCAGGGAAACAGGGAUUCCGAUCCACAGUCACAGGUUUCUAGCUUCUAGGAAGCAUUUCUGUACUGAGAAUUUGCUGCCUCAGAUGACGAGGCCACAAGUGCCACUAUAUAGGACCUGAACUGAAUACAACUCACUGUGAUGAUAAUAUCAGAACAAAAUAAAACAUAAUUUGAAAGGAAA